AUGUCUAACAAGAAAUUAUCAGAGAAAUUUCUAAAAUGUAUUGAUCUAGAAAGAAACGCAGAUAUAGAUCAAACUUCAGAUUUAUUAAACAGUUUACCACCAAAGAAAUUAGCUUUAAAAGGUUUGGCAAUCAUAAACUUGACAACUGAAAGUAUUAAAACAGGUCUUGGAGGUCGUACUAUAAUUGAAUUGAAAAAUGAUUUAGGUGGUCAUGAAGAUGAUUCAAUAGUUGCUGGUGAUAUAAGGACUGGUGAUAUUGUGAAAAUUGAUAAGAUGUCAAGCUCGAAUUCAACAAAGAAGAAGGUUAAAUCAAAUGGUAAAAAUAAUGAUGAUUCAGAUUCCAAUUUUGGUUGUGAAGGUGUUGUUACAAGACUUUCAAAUAGUUCAAUUGUAAUAACAGUUGAUGAAUCAUCUGAAGAGAAAAUCUUGAAUAUAAUUAAUGAUAAUUUAUGGAUUGUUAAAAUUUCAAAUUCAAUAACUUAUAAAAGAAUGGAAUCAACAAUGAGGAAAUUAUCUGAACUUGAAACUCCUAAUGAGUUAUUACAAAUUUUAUUAAAUGAAACAAGCUAUACACCACCUUCUGCUGGAAAACUAGAAUCAAGUUAUGAACAAAUCAAAUUCUUUAAUGAUGGCUUAAAUCAAUCCCAAAAAAACGCUAUAAAUUUCUCACUAAAUUCACCUAUAAGUAUAAUCCAUGGUCCACCAGGUACGGGUAAAACUUAUACUUUAAUAGAACUCAUUUUACAACUAGUAUCCAAAGGUGAACGUGUCCUAGUUUGUGGUCCAUCAAAUAUAUCAGUUGAUACUAUAUUAGAAAGAUUAAAUGGUAAAUUACCAGGUGAUGAAUUAUUAAGAAUUGGUCAUCCUGCAAGAUUAUUAAAUUCAAAUUUACAACAUUGUUUAGAUAUUGUCACUAAUACAAGUGAUUCUGGACAAUUGAUUGCAGAUAUUAAAAAAGAGAUUGAUGAUACUAUUAAAAAAAUUAAAAAAACAAGAAGUUAUAAAGAAAAGAAAUCUAUAUGGCAAGAAGUUAAAGAAUUAAGAAAAGAAUUGAAAAAAAGAGAAAAAACAGUUACUCAUGAAGUUAUAUUAAAAGCAAAAGUUAUAAUGGCAACAUUACAUGGAUCAAGUUCAAGAGAUUUAUUAUCAAUAUAUAAUCAUCAACCUGGGUUAAAACUUUUUGAUACAAUAAUUAUUGAUGAAGUUUCUCAAUCUUUAGAACCACAAUGUUGGAUUCCUUUGAUAAAUCAUUAUGGAUCAAAUGUUAAGAAAUUAGUCCUUGCAGGUGAUAAUAAACAAUUAUCACCAACUAUUAAAAUAGAUAAUAAUCCAUCAGUGGAAAGGAUAUUAUCAACAACAAUAUUUGAUAGAUUAGUUUCCAUAUAUGGAGAUUCUUUUAAAAAUUUAUUAAAUAUUCAAUAUAGAAUGAAUGAAUCUAUAAUGAAAUUUUCCUCCAAAGUUCUUUAUGGAGGUGAAUUAAAAGCUGAUGAAUCAGUUUCAAAUAUUUUAUUAACAGAUUUCCCUGAAGUUGAAAAAAAUGAUUAUACAGAAUUCCCAAUAAUUUGGUAUGAUACCCAAGGGGAUUUCCCUGAAAAGGAUAGUUCAGAUCAUAAUGAUUUAAUUCCAUCAAAAUUUAAUGAUAUGGAAGCAUAUGUUGUUAAAUUUCAUUUAAAGCAUUUGUUGAAAUCUGGUGUUAAGGAAGAACAUAUUGGUAUUAUAUCACCAUAUAAUGCACAAGUUUCAUUUUUAAAAAAAUUGAUACAUAAUGAUUGGCCUCGUGUGGAAAUAUCAACAGUUGAUGGUUUCCAAGGUCGUGAAAAAGAAGUUAUAAUAUUAACUUUAGUUAGAAGUAAUUUAAAUAAAGAUGUUGGAUUUUUAAAAGAUGAAAAAAGAUUAAAUGUUGCCAUUACAAGACCAAAAAGACAAUUAUGUAUAGUUGGUGAUAUGGAAACAAUUAAUCAAGGUUGUAAAUUUUUACAUGAUUGGGUUGAAUGGAAUGAAGAGAAUUGUGAAUUAAUUUAUCCUAAUCUUGAUGAUAUUUUAUAG